GGCACAGAAGAAUUUAAGAACUAAACUAUAAAGACAGCUUCCUGUCGACGUUGGGCCUAACUUAAUCAACACCACUCAACUCAGUUCAAUCUUCUCCAAUUGAUACAUUUCACCAUGUCACCCACUAUCGUCCUCAUAACCGGAGCAAAUAGAGGUCUCGGGAAAGGUUUACUCGAGCUGUAUCUUGCGAAGCCAAACCAUAUAGUCAUUGCAGCUAACCGUGACCCGACUCAUGAGACCUCUCAGGCUCUAACUAAGCUACCCACAGCGACAGGAACAUCUCUCCGCGUGGUCAAGAUCGACGCCCUCUCGCCAUCAGACGCUGCCAAUGCAGUCACGAGCCUAAUUGCCGAGGGUAUUGAUCAUAUUGAUAUCCUCAUUGCCAACGCGGCAGUAGGGUUUAGCUUCCCCAAGGUGUCUGAUGUCCUGGUGGAAGAAAUCCAGAGGCACAUAGACACAAAUGUGUACGGGCUUAUUCGACUUUACCAGGCUUUUCUGCCGUUACUGCGUGCCUCGCAAAAUCCGAAAUGGGUCACAAUGGGGUCUGGGGCUGGGUUAUUAACGGCAAGUACUUCGUUUAUUCCAAGCAUAAUCCCGAGCUAAUGGUCCUUUAGUAUGUAAUCUGAUCUUACACAUGAAACAAAAGAAAAAAAAUCGUAUUGACUAGGGCAGAAAUUUCAUUCCCAUGAGAAAUGCUGCAUAUGCGCCAACAAAAACCAUGCAGCACUGGUACACCAAAGCAAUUUCCGUUGAGGAACCAUGGCUUACUGCGUUUCCUUGGAAAUCGUGGAGCAGAAGAGUUUGGUUUGGAGAAGGCCGCUAUCACGAUUGAUGAGAGUGUACAAGGAUUAUUGAAGCUGAUUGAUA